UACCCGCACUCCACCACUAGCCGCGCUCCAAGCGCCAGCCAGACUCCUGGGUGAGCGGCGGGUCUAGUUCACAGUCUAGUUCGCUGACGUCACUUCCGGGGCACAGUGGGCGCGUGCAGGGGGGGCCGGGAGCCCAGGCGAAUGGUCAAAAUGGCGACCGCUCAGUUAACGGACGAAGAGCUCGUCUCUGAGUUAAAACGCUCGGGUGUGAUGCCGGGACCGGUGACGGAUAACACUAGGCCGGUCUACCUGAAGAAACUAAAGAAGCUGCGCGAGGAGCAGAGGAGUCGAGCGGGGAAGACCCGGGCAACCAACAACAGCCUGGCGGCGGAGGGUCGCUUGGAGAGCGGAGGAGCCCGCCCGCUGGCUGGGGAGGUGACGCAUAGGCGAAGCAGCCGACAAUACCCGCAGACGGAGGCCGGGAAGUCUCCGGUGCUGCUGGGCUUCAGCUCCGAUGAGUCAGACGCAGACGUCGGCGGCCGCAGGGAGAGAGGCACCCCUCCCCAGACGGCGAGGAACCCGGCCCAGCGGGGCUGUGCGGACUCUGUAGACGGGCGGAAGGCGCCGGUCUGGUGGGGGACGCGCAGGCCGCACAGCCCACAACAACACCGUAGCGACUACGAGCAAGAGGAGGCAAGUAAGAGCCGGGCGGUGAACGGCAGCCGCAUUUCCUAUUGCAAGGACUAUUCGGAUUCCGAUGAAGAGGAGCCGGCUAAGGACGAGUCACAGUGCCGCCGGACUAGGCGGAGUGUGAACAGGCAGGCCCGGGACAACGGUAUGGAUCCUCCCGAGCAGGCCAGCAGAUCGGGCUGGGACAGGGAGUAUAGCCAGGCGUCUCCCAGACAUCGGGCGGCCGCCAGGAAGUCUACAGACACAGACACAGGGAAGAGCAACAAUCACCUGAACUACAGCCCGGAUGGCUCCCGCCUCUAUAUGGCGAGCAACAGCAUUCCCAGCCGGCUCCCUUACUCCAACCAUGCCGGAUCAAACCACACGUACUACCCGUACAGCAGCCACAAGAAAAAGCCCAACAAGCUGCCCGAGCCCGAGGAAGAGCUACUUCAACAGUUCCGGAGUGCAGAGGUGUCCCCAACGGGGGGCUUCAGUGCCCAUUACUUGUCCAGGUUCCUGCUGAUCGCGGCCUGCCUCUUUUUCUUCUUCCUGGGACUUACCUAUCUGAGGAUGAGGGGUACAGGCCUUGCUGGGGAGGAGAGCUUACGAAAUCCUGAUGACCUUCCUAGUAAUACUGAGAAAAAUCGGCUGAUUAAUACUCUUCAUAAACUUCAUGAUAAAUUGGCUAAGACAGCAGGAGAUUAUAUGUGUGGUGAUGUAGAGUAUGGUCGUAUUUCUAUCCAGGAGGCAGCUGAAUAUUUACAGGGGCUUGGUCAAGAAUAUGUCAGUCAGUUUAACAACUCCUUGAGAUGGAUUUUACAGUCUGGAAAAGAUGUUGGAAUAAAAUGUUCUGGGGACAUAGAAGAUGAUGUUGCUUUAACUAUCACCAGUGUAAAGUAUUUGGAAUCUACACGGCCACAGAUGUCCUUUUUCUGUCGCAUCCGACGCGCAUUUAUUACUGUAGCCUGUAGGCUGUCCCUUUUACCUCUAGGUAUUGCUACAGUUUGGGCUGUUCUUCGAUAUAUGAAAUAUCGUUGGGCAAAAGAGGAGGAGGAAAAUAAACAAAUGUAUGACCUGGUCAUAAAAAUUAUAGAUGUUUUGAAAAGUCAUGGUGAAGCUUGUCAAGAAAACAAAGGGCUUGAUCCAUACACACCAAUCCCACAUGUGAGAGACUCAUUGAUCCCAGCUUGUGACAGGAAAAAAAUGAACAGCGUUUGGAAACGGGCAGUUGAAUUUGUGGCUGCAAAUGAAUCUCGUAUACGGACUGAAACACAGAAAAUAGCAGGAACAAACUUCCUUGUGUGGAAAUGGAUUCAGCCUUCUUCAUGUGACAAAAUCUCAGCCAUACCUUCAAAAGUAUGGCAAGGACAAGCUUUCCAUCUGGAUAAAAGAAAUUCUCCUCCAAAUAGCCUGACCCCCUGUUUAAAGAUACGCAAUAUGUUCGAUCCAGUCAUUGAAAUUGGCGAUCAUUGGCAUUUAGCAAUUCAAGAAGCGAUUUUGGAAAAAUGCAAUGAUAAUGAAGGGAUAGUUCACAUUGCGGUGGAUAAAAAUUCCAGAGAGGGAUGUGUUUAUGUAAAAUGCUUAACCCCAGACUAUGCAGGAAAAGCUUUUAAGGCACUACAUGGAUCCUGGUUUGAUGGAAAGUUAGUGACUGUGAAAUACCUGCGACUAGACCGAUAUCACCAUCGAUUUCCACAGGCCAUCACAUGCAACACUCCUCUGAAGCCGUUAAACAAACACAUGAACUCUAUGUCGCAGUUAAAUCUUCGUGGUGGCACAUCAAAUUCUCAGUCGUGAGAAAUCUUUACGUCAUUGACUGUUGUUUGCAGCAGGGGUGGGGUCCUGACUUGCAUCUGUCUUCCUUUUUUUCUUUUUUUCCUCCCUCCCGGAUCUUCAGUAUAUCACACUUCCAGUGACAGUUCAAGUUGUAUGAGAAAUUGAGUAUGCAUCCAAAGGACAAUACAGGUGUAAAAAAACAAAGAAAUGUCAAGUGUUAUUACAGCGGCGUACAAUGUCUUUAUAGAUUUUUUUUUUUUUACCUUUUUGGACGUUCAUGCAUUGUGAACUAGAUGACUGUUUUCUUAAAAUGAAAAGCGGAUAAUUUAUUGAAUUCCUAUGGGAUCCUGCACACUAUUUUUGUCAUAUAUAAUUAUAUACCCUAAUAUUAUAAUUGUAAAUUUUGAGGGCGACUUCUGCUGCUGUAGAUAGUGAUUUUGUUACAGCUGAAGUGCAGGGGCUAUCUGGUUUUGUUUGAGGCAGGAAAUAUGGACAAUAUUUUCUGGUCGUUUUUUUUUUUUUUUAUUUAAAUGUAAGUAAUGAUGGUGGCGGCAAGUCUUGUGCAAAUGUCUGCUUCAAAGCAGUAAAUAAGCUUCCUAUUUUAUUCAUAUUGUUAUUUUAUAUAAUAAAUUGGCUGCACCAUCUCAUUAAGGUCAAACAGCCAAUUACCUUUAAAAGUAUUAGAUACAAAGUUUAAAUAUCUUUUAUAGGUUUUAUAUAAAAUGUCUGACUUGGUUUCUUGUGAGGUCUGAUACCAAUUGUAAAGAAUUCAAAUUAUUGUGAGCAAUAAAUAAGCAAUUGGCAGAUGCUGGACAGUGUAA